GAGAAGAAAUGUCAGCGAAACGAAACUGUUGUACUCCAUAAUCUCAUCCACAUACGGCGGGUACAGCAAACUGCAGCGGAGGUGGCGUGCAGGGCGCGGUUGUGCGGUCUAUUUUAAGCUGACCCUGGGUGCCUUGCUUAAACCGUUUUCGAUGCUCUCGCAAUUCCAGGAGGAGAGGGUCAGAUAUUCGAAGCAUUCGCGCGGGCCUCGUGCGUGUUUCGGCUGAAGCGAGCGAUGGAUAUAGAGAGCAGGAUAAAGCGACCUCGGCACGUCAGAAUCAUUGCAGUCGGAAACGUAGAAGCCGGAAAGACCAGCAUAAUCAAGCGGUACUGCGAAGGAAGAUUUUCUGUGAAGUACCAUGCAACAAUAGGAGUAGACUACGGCAAAACAAAGGUUUCUAUUGAAGGCAUCGAAAUUAUGGCCAACAUAUUCGACCUUUCUGGACAUCCCGUGUUCAAAAUAGUACGUACGGAAUUCUACUCAAACAUUGAUGCUGUUCUCCUUGUCUAUGACAUCAGCGACAGUUCAAGCUCCGGAGAGCGUGCAGAGGCACUCGAGCGAUGGCUUCACGAGAUGGCAGAGGGCAUGGACAACACAUCAGUGGUCUGUGUUGUGUGUGGAAACAAGAGCGACAGAGGAGCACGUGUGCAAAACAAGGAAGUUGAAAGAUGGGUGGACAUGCACAAAUUCUCCCAUUUUGUUGUCUCAGCCUUGAAUGGCACUGGCAUCCGUGAAAUGUUUCAGAGCCUGCUGAUGCAAGUUCUCAAAGUACAAGAGACGGGAAGGGACCCCGUCGCGUUGUGGUCUUCCUGCAACUACAGUAAAGAGGAACUUCAAGCAGUCCAUCAAGUACGAUGGUCUCGGUCAGAGUACGAGAAGCUUGGAAUUGACCCGAGAGCGUCCAAGGAUGACAUCAACCGGUCUUAUCGGCGCCUAGCCGUCCUGCUGCAUCCAGACAAGAGCACAGCGCCUGGUUGUGAAGAAGCCUUCAAGAUGCUUGUGGCGGCGAGAACUGCUCUGCUCAAGCGUUUACUGCACUGACAAGGCUGCAGCAAAAUGGUGGACUUACUGAAUACCUUAGCGAGAACACCUUGCCCAUUGCUCAUCCCUUCACAAA